UUUCGCAGGAAAUGCAAAUUUUUCUAGUUUCACAGUUGUUUUACCUAUUAAAAAAAGAAACACAUUUUAUUUACUCACGUUUUAAUGACAAUUCUAGCAGAGACCCCCGGAUAUUUUUAAUUAAUGUUUGUACAGUGACUUCUUUUGACCUCCUCAAAGAGUCAGUAUAUAGAGGGAUCAAAAGUGGUUUCGGUAUUAAUGGUUUUCAACACAGACUAUACUUUUUGAAGGGAUUUUCUCUAAAUGUAUCUAAGUUUUAAGUUUGAAAGUUUAAGUUUAAAAAAACGCACCAUAUGUAAUGAGCUAUAUUUUUGUAAAUUUACACAAAUUCUAAAACUCCAAACAUUGUUUGAAUAUAGCUUUAAAUGUCAGAUAUUGAUUAAGAAAAGGGUUAAAAUGUACAGUAAGCGUGCUUGCCAAAGCUGCUGAUGGUAUAAUAGGUGCUUUUAUUUUUAGUACACAGACAAUUUUUUUUUUACAGUUAUUUGAGAGACAUUAACUUAAGUACUUAACCUGCUGAUAUCCUUCUAGUUGUAUUUUUAUACCCUAAGGCUGUAAAGGGAAUUUCCGAACUGCUCCCGAAUGCAGCAGAAUCGGGUUGACCGCUCCCAGAUGAGACGAAGACUCACCCUCACCUGGACAACGGGGUAUAGGUGAAGCGGACAACCUCCGCCAGUUUCAAGCGAUAACCCAGAUCUGUGGGAAGUAUACCCAGCCAGUUUCUUUUUCCUUCUGUUUUGUAAUUUGUUUUCCUAGAAAGGAAGGAGGAUCCUGACCUGCGCAGCUCGCUGAGUGAAAACAACCGACAGACAACAAGUAGAGGACACAAAGUCCUUCUGAGGGACUUUUAUAUUUAUAUCCGCUAACCUCUGACAACAAACGGGACAAGUUCACUGUAACGGAGACAGCAGUUCCCUGUAAUGGAGCGGUACGGUAACCUUGAUUUGGACCUGGAGUGUGAUGGAGGAGCUGUCUCUCAAAAAGCCUCAUUAGUCAGUGGGAUAUUCAAAAAAUCCUCCAAGUCUAAAGAACUGCUUCCAUCUGCACAGGCCGCCUUGACAUUACAAAAUCCUGAACUGUCUGCCAGCAAUGACAGUUUAACCAGCAAGUCAAAGGAUAAAUCAGGUGUGCUGGGUGGAUUACAGAAACUAUCUCCCAAACCAAGACAUGUGCAGGAUCUAAAGGACAUUUCAGCCAGUAAUGACAAUCUGUCUGAGGACACCAAUGCAAAGGAGGAUUUGUCCACAACCGUUAAGAUCUCAGGCAGCAACGACAAUCUGCCUGUGAACAGCAACACUAAGGAGGCAGGUGGGAUGUUUAGCAGUAUGUUUAAAAAAUCCCCAAACCCUCAGGAGGAUUUUGCUGCACCAGAUGAGCUCUCUGGCAGCAAUGACAAGAACCACGCAAAGGAUGAUUUGUCUGUCGAUGAUGAACUCCUUGCUGGUAAUGACAGUGCCGGGGAGAAGUCUUCAAAAGGUGGCGUUGCAAAGGUCUUGAGGAGUCCCUUCACUUCCUCCUCUCAGGAUAAAGAAAAGACUGGCCACUCAGGAGACUCACAGGAGAACAGUUCUGCCACAGGGAAGCCCAAAACCAAGGAGAAUGAAAAGGAGGCGGGCUCAAUAGAAGAAGAUUCAACUGUCAGCAACAAGAAGUCAUCAGGCCAAAAGGAGAAUGCCGUGGUUGGAGCCAUGUCCAAACUGAUAUCUUUCCGCCAAAAAAAAGACACAGAAGAUGCAAAAACACUCAAGGAGAAUGAAAAACAAGUGGGAGAAAAAUUUAAUGCAUCACCCGUCAAAAGUAACAUGAACCAGUACGAAAGAAGGGAAAGGAGUGCAGCUAUCCUGGUCCCAUCCAGACCAACUCAGGAGGAGGUGAAGGGGACGUCGUCACAUGACAAAGUAAAACCAAGAAGAAGUGAGGAUAACAAUGAAGGCAAAGACAUGACCUCCACAGAGAAGAAAGAAAAACCUGCUAAGCCUCCUGCAGUUCCUGCUCGACCAUCAGAAGAGGCUGCAUCGGAUGAUGUAGGGGUGAAUGCAGAUGAGGAAUCUGCAUCCAAGGAGGAAAAGAAUGAAGAAGAGGUCAAGGAAAAAAUGGAGACCAAAGUCAAGAAAAAAAAGAAGCACAACCCGUUCAUGCCUGAUGUAAAGGCCAAAUUGAUACAGAGACGUGCACAAGAAACAGCCCAAGCAGAGAGUGAAGGUGCAAACAGGUCUGUGUUUGACCAGCUAGAGGACUACCGUAUUGGCACUGCCUCAGCUGAAGAUAGUAAUGAUGUGGUUCUUAUGGAAUGGUGGGAAACUGUGGAGCAAUGGAAAGACCCACCUCAACAUAAAGACAUGACAGAAAAAGAAGAGGCCAAGGCGUUUGCUUCGACCGCUGACAAGCUGCAGAAGGGCAUCAGAGUGUUCAACAAACUCUUCACUGAGCGGGCAGAGAGCCUCUGGCAGCAUGUCAUCGACCUCAACAGCAUCGCAGAUGGGCUCGACAAGUUCAGCAAGAACACGAAGAUCGCUCAAAUCACAGGCGGCUCCACCAGCGCCAUUGGGGGCGUCGCCACUGUUGCUGGCCUUGCUCUGGCUCCCUUCACCAUGGGAACUUCCUUGAUUGUGACUGCAGUGGGACUGGGCAUUGCCGCGGCAGGCGGUCUGACAUCAGCAGGUGCCGGCAUCUCCAACCAGGUCAACAACACCAUGGACCGCAAAAAGGUGGAGAAGAUCGUGCAGGACUACCAGGAGAAGAUGGAAGACCUGAACAAGUGCCUGACGUUCAUCAAACAGGGUAUUGAGAACCUGCGCAGAUUUGACCUGAUCAAGAUGAAGAAUAGUGCAUACAAUCAGGACUUUCCUGCACUUACUAGCAGAUUCUAUGAAGAUGGCGCCAUGGCAGGAAAGGCGAUCCUCGUCAAUGCCAAUGAGAUCAUGCGUUUUGUCCAGUUUGCCCAUGUAGCAGGUAGCACCGCAGCCAGAGCGGUCCAGAUUGCUAGUAUGGCAACUGGUGUGCUUACUGGACUCUUUGUAGUUAUGGAUAUCUACUUUGUGUCCAAAGACUCCAAAGAACUCAAGAAAGGGGCAAAAUCAGAGUUUGCUGCCAAAAUCAGGGAGGUGGCGCAACAGCUGCACGACGGUCUGGUGGAGCUGAACUCAAUACACCAAGAGCUGCAGUUCAACUCGCCAGAAAAUAAUGCAGAGAAGACCACCAAAGAUCUGGACAGUAAGAAAAGAGAGAAAGACAACAAAGAAAAGAAAGAGAAGGAUGGAAAAGAUUUGAACAGUGAAAAGAAGGACAAUGACAAGCUCAGAUAAAGAUGAAAUCGACCGCAUUAAAAAAGCCAUCAAAAAGGACCUUGAGAACAGAGAAUGUUUGACACAUAACUAGGAAGUACUUUCAGCUUUGCUUCCUUGUUAAGGGUUAAAGGAAAACUCAGUCCAAUUCCCAAAAGACAAACAAAUGUUUUGUAUUUUACUAUCUAUGAGGUGGUUGGUGCCAGAUUUUUAAAGUAAAACUGCAAUCAGGCGUAUUUUAAUUGUCCAAAAGGAGCCCUUAAAGGUUAAAAUAUUAAGUUAAAUAUCUAAACCUGCAAUAAAGGAUCCGACUUCUUUAAAGAUGCAUUUGCCUUGAUGAUAUUGGUGUUUCAGAUAACAUCAAGAAUAGCUUAUUAGUUUUGUAUAUUUUAAUGAAAAGAGCUAAUUUAAAAAAAGGUAACUGGAUUUUGUACUGCUGCAGCAGCUGUUUGGAAACCCUAGUUUGGACUUUGCUUAAGUUUAUAGCUUGUUUCAAUCUAGUGAGUCAUUCCAUAAAAACUGGCUGCCCCAUUUACCUUCAGGAAUGACUUAGCUGCUCGCAGUGUUUUAAAACAGUCGAACCUCUGUAGAGCUAGAAGCUACUGAGCGUGUGCACAGGGACUUACAAUCUAUAACAUUAUUUCCAAAGCGAACAAUUUGUGGUGGUUGUUGUUGUGGUGAUAUGUUAACUGCCUGUCCUUUUGUAAAUGUGUUGCAGUUACCGUAUUUUUCGGACUAUAAGGCGCACUUAAAAUCCUUUAAUUUUCUCAAAAAUGCACCUUAUAAUCCGGUGUGCCUUAUGUAUGAAUUCUGGUUGAUCUUACUGAUCUCGAACCGAUUUUAU